UUUAAUUUAUGAAGAUAUUCAAAACUCUAUUUGUAGUUCUUUUUAUUUCAGGGACAAUUGCAUCUGAUUUGAAAAAUAGUGAAUAUAUACAAAAUGCAACUUCUCAUAAUGUGCCAGAUAUUUUUAUUAAUACAAAUAUUACUGAUGAUCCAGCUCUUUUUCAAACAUCAAGAACAGUUUUAAAUGGAAAGAAAAUGAAUGUAAAUGUCGAAAUUAAGAAUUUAAAAAAUGAAACGCUUGUUCUUGAAUCGUUUUCUAUUCGUAUUUUUGACACAAAUUUUUCUCUGCAAGUAAUUAAUUUAGGAGAUAUAAAAAAACGUAUUAUUAUACCAGGAUUAAAUUCUACAAGGGCUUCAUUUUAUUUUUCAACUGAAUUAGCGGAAAAUGAUUAUGGUCUUACUAUUCUCGCGAAAAUUAGAAGAUAUGGCAUCUUUUUUACUUAUGUCGCUUAUAAUUCAACAAUUACAGUAAAAGAGCCGGAAUAUUCCUUCUUUAAUUUUCAAACAAUAUUUCUUUACAUUAUUCUUGCUGGCCUUAUAAUAGGCCCUUAUUUAAUUUUUCAAAAGUGGAUAUACAAUAUAUAUCAAAAGAAAAGAAAGAAUUCUAAAAAGAAGAUUAGCGAAAAGAAAGAACCAGAAAAAAUACUUAAUUUACAUUAUGAUGAAAACUGGAUUCCAGAACAACAUUUAAAAAAUAGGACUGGAACAUCAAAGAAACUAUAGUUUAAUUUAAACUCGAAAUAACUUUUGGAG